GAUCCUGGUCCAUCCCAGCGAUAUACACCACCAACGAUGAAGGCCUUUGUAGUGUUUGCUCUUCUCAGCCUCGCAGCUGCUGACCAACGCCCUCCUUCCAAUGGUUAUGGAGCCCCUCCAGCUCCUCCAAGCAACGGCUAUGGAGCUCCUCCAAGCAACUCCUAUGGCCCACCUAGGAACUCCUACGGAGUAGAUCCUCUUGCUGAAUUGGCCCAGAACAUUCCUGGAGGCGGAGUUCCUGGAGAAGACUACCCUAUUUUGGCCUCCGUCCCUGACACCGGUUUCUCCUGCGAUGCUCAGAAUGUCCCUGGUUAUUAUGCCGACACUGAUCGACAGGCCCAAUGGGACGCCGUCAGCAGGACUCCUUCCUCUGCCCCCAACGGCACCAUCUUCAACCAACAGUACCUCGUCUGUGACUGGUGGUUCAACUUCGACUGUGCUGACGCUGAAGACUUCUACUCAGUCAACGAGCAGAUUGGCGUCGUUGCCUACGACCCUUAUGGCAGAAGUCACAACGGUAACGGCAAUGGCAACGGUAACAAUGGUUAUGGUUCAAAUGGCAACGGAAAUGGAAGAAAAAACAAGAAUGGUAAGAAAAAUGGAAAUGGCAAAAAGAAUGGAAACCAAAAUGGUAACGGUUAUGGUUCCAAUGGCAAUGGCGCACCUGCCCUUCCUAGCAAUGGAUAUGGAGCCCCAGCUGCUCCUAUGAAUGGCUACGGAGCACCAGCUGCUCCUAUGAAUGGAUAUUGA